GCUUUUAGGCGAGUCUUGUACCAUUGCGGUGAUCCUAAGUUCCAUCAUGAGCUCUUAAUUUCUCAGCAUAGUGAUUAUUCUAUUUUAUGCAAUUUUUUUUUCUAAUUAAGUUCUUUUAAGGGUGGCUUCAAUAAAAUUACUAUGAGGCCUCCCCAUAAUGAGGCCCAUGAUAUAGAAGAAAGCUGAAAGGGCCAUCACUGAAACCCGAAUAAGCCACAUGAACUCUGAGUAUCUGCACCUUCAACGUUUCAUCGAACGUCCAAACCAAAUCAAGCAAAUCCAUUCCCUGCUAAUCACCACCGCUCUCCUCUUCAAUACUGUUUCCAAAUGGAAACCAACCCUCCUUUACAACACCUUAAUAAGGGCCUAUCUCAACAUAAUCCCACAUUGUUCCCUUACACUCUUCACCUUCAUGCUUCAUCAUCGGGCACCCCCCAAUGGCCACACUUUCACUUCCCUUUUCAAAGCCGCCUCUACCUCCCAAUCCUUAGCCUCGCUCUCUGCGCACCCCCUCCAUGCCCAAGCACUAAAGCGUGGCGUCUUGACUGACUCCUUCGUGCAAACAUCGUUGCUUGGUUUGUAUGCUAAACUCGGUAGCCUAAGUAAUGUGCGUAAAGUGUUCGAAGAAAUUCUUAACCCGUGCAUCGUCGCGUGUAAUGUGAUGCUUGAUGCUUUUGGGAGAAAUGGUGAUAUGGGUUCUGCUCUUUUCUUCUUUGACCGCAUGAGUGAAAAGGAUGUGGUGUCUUGGACAAGUGUUAUUAAUGGUUUCGUAAGGAGCAAACAGUUUGCAAAGGCUAUUUGGGUUUUUGAGAAAAUGAUAGAAUUUUCGGUUAAACGGAGUGAGGCUACUUAUGUUAACGUGCUCUCUUGUUGUGCUAAUUUAGAAGAGCAAAGUGGGUUUUACCAAGGGAGGCAGAUACAUGGGUAUAUUUUCAGAAACGAGGGCGUUAUGACUGUUUUCAUGGGCACGGCAUUGAUUGAUUUUUAUGGAAAAAGAGGUCAUCUAGAGUUUGCCUUUAGAGUUAUUAAUCAAAUGUUGGAUAGAGAGGUUUGUACUUGGAAUGCAAUGAUCUCUUCUUUUGCAUGUAAUGGUAGAGAAAAGGAGGCUUUGGACUUGUUUGAGAAGAUGAAAGUGGACGGAAUGUGUCCGAAUGAGGUCACAUUUGUUGCUGUCCUUACAGCAUGUGCUCGCACUAAGAGAGUGCAGUUGGGUUCACAAUUCUUUCAAUCAACGCGGUGCCAAUAUGGCAUUGUGCCAAUAAUGGAACACUACAGGUGUAUGGUAGAUCUUUUAGGCAGAGCAGGCCUUUUGACUCAAGCGACUGAGUUUGUAAACACUAUGCCUUUUCAACCUGAUGCUUCGGUUUUGGGGGCUCUUUUAGGUGCUUGUAAGAUUCAUGGUGCCAUUGAACUUGGAAAUGAAGUGGGGAGAAGGUUGCUUGAGUUGCAGCCACGACAUUGCGGACUAUAUUUAGCAUUGUCUACCAUAAAUGCCGACAAGGAGAGAUGGGAUCGUGCAGCUGACUUGAGGAAAGCCAUUGUAGAAGCAGGUAUCAGGAAAGUUCCAGCUUAUAGCUUCAUUGAUUCCGUGUAAAAAUCCUGUGAAAGCAGAAGAUGUCUCUAUUCUUUAACUAAUCACAUGCAUUCUGCAGCAGCAAUAUCGAUGGGAAGAACACAAAAAUUGGGAUUGAGGGGACCCUUUUACUUUUGGUGGCAUGGACUGACUGAACGUGUGCAGCAUGAGGGUAUUUAAAAUUCCAUUAGUCUCUGGUUGUGGGCCAAAUCUGAGGUAGGAUUUUUGGUGAGGGAAAGGGAAAAUAGAGAUGCCUUUUGUUUUGGUGGCGUACAUAUGGAGGCUAGCUACGUUGUUGAUUUGAACUAGAUGGACCAAUAAUUGUUUGUUUUAAUUGACUUAUGCUUCCUUUGACAGACCUGUAGGAUGGGUCUACCUGGUAAGUUUAUCAUUUGGAUUCUUUAAAAGAUUUGGUUUUAUUUAAA